CUUUUAAAGGGCACAUUACGGGAGGUGUGCUCUGGGGAUCAGAAAGGGUGUGGGUUGUAGUUGUGACCCUGUUUAUCCAUAUUCAUAUGUGCUUCUGCAUAGGGAGGGAUUUUUUUAAGCACUUGCUUAUCUUUGUGGUCAGGCCGCUGAGUGCUGGGGGAACCAUCGUCUCGACUGCUUAGCGGGAGGACAGGAGGAACAGUAUCUUCACUGUUGUAUUUUUCGCAAGAACACCCAACUUCUGGACUGCUAAUGUAUGAAAUUUAGAAGUCCAAGCUCAAGUAUGCCGAAGCUGCAAGUGGAUAAGUGGUCGGUUGUUGGGUGGAUUUGGCGAAAGACUCUGAUUAAGGAAAAACUUCAGCCUCUUUGCAAGAGGUGAAGUGUACACCACACCCCUUUCUAAUAAAUCCCCCUGCAGAAUAUGAAAUGGCCAAGCUGUGACAUUGCUGUAUGCAGAAUGAGGAGCUUCAUGCAAAUAACAGUUUUACUGCUCUGCAGCCACAGUUGGAUCUGUGAGUCUCAAACUGUGGAGGUCUAUUCUGGUGAAAACGUCACUCUGUUUUGCUCCAACAUUUCACAAACUCCAACUCAGACAGACUGGUUCAGAGUGAUCAAUAGAACCAAACCCAGCUGCAUCUCCUCCAUGUACGGUGCUGAAAGUAAAGCUUCUUACUGCGUUGGAAUCCAAAAUGAAAAAUUUGAGAUGAGUAGCAACAUGACUACUGUCUUCCUUCAAAUCAAACAAGUGGACCCAUGGGACUCAGGGCUGUAUUUCUGUGGAUUUUAUGUAAGGAAACAUACAGUCAUUGGCAGUGCAACAAAGUUAAUCAUUAAAGCUAAUGAAGAUUCCAAUGACGAGGGGGAUUCUAAUAAUAAAAAAGAAGCUGACCAAUUGACGGACCUGAUACCUGGGAUUUCGGGUGCUCUGAGUGUUCUUCUCUCCGUAACAGUCAUUGUUCUGGUUGUAAAAUAUAGGAGACUUCAGACAGCUUCAAGGGUAAAGGUGCAGAAAGAAAGAAACAAGGGUGAGCUUCAGAAUCUGGACUCAGAUGAUUUGAAGUACGCAGCUCUGAGUUUCCAAGCGAAAACAAAAAGAAGCCGCAGGCCUGCACCACCGACCGAACUGGAGUCACAUGUUGUGUAUGCUGCCACCAGAUAAAUUCAGGAAGUAACAGGAACUGGAGCUCAGAAUUAAACGCAGACGCUAUCACAUUAAUUUAAUUAUGUUUUGGUCCAGUGCAUCCAUAUGCAACAUGAGUGCAUGGGACAAAUUAAAAUAAAGUGUUUUUUACUACUUUAAA